UUCCAAGUCUUUUUUCAAUGAAAUGUCAAUCCCGCAACUGCCAAUAUAAUUCAAUGCUCAGAAAAACAACAAUUCAUCAAAAUUUUUAUUUUUAUUUUUUAAUCAGUAUUCAGUAUGCAGUUUCCUCUCUCUUCAACAAUGCUGUCCGCUUUUCUCCUUCUUCCCUUCCUGUUUUUCGAUUCUCAAUCGCUCUUCGUUUCAGCAGAUUCAACCUAUGACUAUUUUGCAAAUUGUUUAACAAAACAGGGAAUCCCAAGUGAUGAAAUUUCUCAUAUUCUUUACAGCCCUGAAAAUGCUUCAUUCACCACUGUUCUGAAUGACUAUGUUCGAAAUCAAAGGUUCAACACUUCAACCACGAAGAAACCGACCAUAAUUGUCACGCCAUUGGAUAUUCAGGGAAUCCAGGCAGCCAUUUUCUGCACAAAAGAGGCAGAUUUGCAGCUCAAAAUCCGAAGUGGUGGCCAUGAUUACGAAGGUAUUUCCUACGUUUCCAGAAAAACUUUUGUCAUUCUUGACUUAUUCAAUAUUCGUAACAUCACUUUCGAUAUGGAUAGUAAAACCGCCUGGGUUCAAUCCGGGGCAACCCUCGGGGAACUCUUUUAUGGGAUUUGGAAACAGAGUAACGUUUACGGUUUCCCGGCCGGCGUUUGCCCCACCGUAGGCGUUGGCGGCCACUUUAGCGGCGGCGGGUACGGCCCUAUGCUGCGUAAAUUCGGCCUGACGGUGGACAACGUUGUUGACGCACAGAUCAUUGAUGUGAAUGGCAAAGUUCUGGGCAGGAAAGGAAUGGGGGAAGAUUUGUUCUGGGCAAUUAGAGGCGGCGGGGGAGCAAGUUUCGGAGUCAUUGUGGCUUACAAGAUUAAUUUGGUCCCUGUUCCUGAAACCGUAACCGUUUUCAAUGUCAAGAAAUUCGAAGCAGAUAAUGCGACGGAUAUUCUUGUUCAAUGGCAACAAGUUGCAGACAAAUACGAUGAGAAUCUCUUCAUCAGGGUUCUUGUCCAACCCGUUACAGCCAACAAUACAAAAGUCAUCAGAUUGACGUUUAUUGGAUUUUACAUGGGAGAUUCAGACAGCCUUCUUUCUGUUCUGAAUUCUCAUCUCCCGCUUCUGAAAUUGCAGAAAAGUGAUUGCACUGAAACGAGUUGGGUCAAAUCGAUGAUGAUCUGGAUGAAUUUCGACAACUCAACCGCAGAAGAAGUAUUGCUGAACAGAACCCCUGAUUCAGUCAAUUUCCUGAAGAGGAAAUCCGACUAUGUCCUGACUCCAAUUACCAAAAAUGGAUUCACCUCCAUUUUCAACAAAAUGGUUGAGCUUGGAAAAGUGGGAUUAGUGUUCAAUCCGUACGGCGGAAAGAUGAGCGAAAUCGCCGAAAGCGACGCGCCGUUCCCUCACCGGAAAGGGGUGAUUUACAAGAUUCAGUACUCAGUGAAUUGGCAAGAUGCUUCGUUGAAUCUGACAAAACAGUAUCUUGGUGAAGCCAGAGAGCUUUACAGCUUCAUGACGCCUUAUGUUUCCAGCAAUCCCAGGCAGGCUUUUCUGAAUUACAGGGAUCUUGAUAUUGGACAAAAUGCUAACGGGAAGAACAGUUACAAGCAAGGGAAAGUGUACGGGGAGAAGUAUUUCAAGGGGAAUUUUGAUAGGUUGGUGAAAGUGAAGACGGCUGUUGACCCUGGAAAUUUCUUCAGGAACGAACAGAGCAUCCCAACUCUUCCUUACUAAUAAUCUAUUCGAUUUACUCUUUACUCUUUGUUUAUUGAGGAUGUAUUUCUUUACCAAUUUUAUGGAAUAUGGAGUACACUUAAUUGCAUCAUAUGCAUCUUCCAUUCUUCCUGCUCAAGAGCUUCAGCAUGGUGUUGAGGCAAUUUAUUCUUGUAGUGUAAUGUCCUGGAGAUUCUGUCUUUUCUUAUAAUAAAAAAAAUAUAAUGAAAUUGAAGUACACUUAUGCCUGUUUGAUUUACUUUUAUAUGUUUCAUUAUUUUUUCGAUGUUAUACAGUUAUAGCCGGAAUAUAACAUUUUAGAGAGAGAAUUAAUUCCACUUCUCCAAC